ACUUGCUCUCAGAUCUGUACACUGCCCUAGGGUUUAUCCUCUACCUUAAGUUGUGGAUCUCUGACUACGCUCAGAUUGCUCUUCCUUAGCAGUUGUCCAUCCUACUUGGUGAUGUCGGAGUCGGCGCGAAAAAGACCUCGUGUCGCACUGGAUGGCGACGCGGAGAGGAAGGCACUGCAGAACCACCCCGCGCUCUAUUACGACGACGGCAAUCUGAUCCUCAGCUGUGGAAGCACAUUGUUCCGCGUGCAUCGCUCUAUCCUCUCAAGCACUCCCCCGUGUCUGCAUGUUGCUUUGGAGGACACGAAGGAGGAAAUAGAGGCGCUGCUGAACCCGCAUCGAUUCCCGGAGUUGACGGUGGUCACCUUCCCUACGCUCGCGAACAUCUUUCGCAUGGCUACCAAGUAUCGCAUCGACCCGCGACGCCCGACGCAGGCGGUUCUCCGGGUUCAGCAGCAACGUCAACAAGCACCCAAUGCCGCGGCCGAUCCCAACGUCAACGCCGCGUUCCUUGAGCAAGAAGAGCUCACCGUGCCACCCGCCACCCUGCUCGCGCCACUCUUCUACGCGCUCAGCUGCAGCACCUGGCAGUUCGGCGGCCCCGCGGUCGGGCACCACAUCGCGCCGCUCUCGCAUGCGGACAUCGAGCGGUUCAUUGUCGGCCUCGAGCAGGUGCGCACGGUGUUCUCCACCAUAGCGACAACGCGUCCCAUCAGGGAUGUUUUGGGUGCGCACGCUGCAACGAACUGCGAAGCUGGCGUGGUGGCCUUCUGGCAGUCUACGCUCGCGGUGCUCAUGUCCUCGCAAAAUGCCAUCACGGCGCGGCGCCCUAUCGAGGCAUUGAAGGACGUGUUGACUUUGGUUAGGAGUCCGGGCCACCUGGCGAAGUUCGGUGUUUGUGCGCCGUGCGCCGGAUUGAUAGCUGCGCAUAUCGAGCGAGAGCGAAACGCACUUUGGGACAAGCUUCCUACACUUUUCGGGCUCGCGUAGGCGUAUCGGCGUCCUGUCCUGCAUCCGUUGUGGAUAUGACGCCUGAAGGACAUCGUCACUCUCCGCCGCCCGUGUCUUCCGGAUUGCUCUUCGCCUGGUUGGUGUCUGCUUCAGGAAUUCAAUGACCAGUGCCUCUACUCGGAUAGAACAGACUAGUGCAACCACAUUGUACAUACACAAUGGCCGUGCGUUGCUGUACUCACCUUUCCCCGUCUACUACUCAUUUAUCUGGGCCAACGUAUCUCAUACACCUCUU